CUAAUUCACCUCAAAUGUAUACAUCAAAUUUAUAUGAAAAUAAUUUAACCGAUUCAAAACAUACAAAUGAAAUAAUACAACCAAACUUUCACAAAUCAUAUUCAAAUGAACAUCAUGAUUGUAACAUAUAUGAGAAAAAUCAUGAUAAUCAGGCUUUUAGAUCAACAAAUGGUUUAAUAACUAUUAAGGAUGAAACAAAAUUAAAUAAACCAUAUGAAAAUCAUACAGAAAAUUUUUAUGAUAAUGAAUUAGAUGAAUAUACUCGAAUAAAUAAAACAUCAGGUUAUGUUAAAAAUCAAUCAAUAAUAGGAGCAACAUCAUCAACAAUUCUUACUAAAUCCCCAUUUAUUAUAGAAGAUCGAUCAAGGAAUAUAGAUAACAGUAAUAAUACAUCAUUGUUACAAAAUAAAAAAACCUUUGAGACAGUUAAGCAACCUACAUCAAUUCAUUAUUAUGAACUAACAAAAGCUGAACAAGAUGACAUUCAAUUAGCAUCACAAAGAAAAAGUCGUAUUUUACAAGGUGAUUGUGGUAAUUUAGAUAAUUUAGUUCAUGAUUCUACUAAAUACAAACCAGGACCAAUUUUGUCCGAAAAAGAGACCAUAGAUAAUCAAAUAAUUACCAAUUUAAGUGUAUCUGAAAACUGUCGACAAAAUAUUCUUGAAGUAAGAGAAAUAAAUGGAGACAGAAAUUAUGAACCAGUCCAAAAUUACACAUCAUAUAAAUCUGUAACAAUAAAAGAUGAAACUCAUAAACCUGUGAUUAAAUCAAACGAAAUGACUAAUGAUUUUAGUGAACAUUUAUGUCAUUUACCUUCAAAUUAUAAUACAGGUUUGUAUAUAAAGAGUGAAGAACUAAGGAAAGUGGAUAAAAUUAAAGAACCAAUUGAGUUAUCUAAUACUCCGAUUUUAAAGGGAGACUUAGACCAUAAACAUAGACAAAUGAGUCCAAGCCCCCAAGACACCAUCAUAUUCUAUCUCCUAGUACAGUUACAUCUAAACCACCAACUCACUACCUUCCACGUACGAAAUGGCACCUGAAACCAAUACCCACUGAUGAUGAGAUUCGUGAAAGAUUGAGGAGCUCUAGUCGCAAAAGACAAGAGGAACGUCAAUCCCGUUCUGUACAAAACUCUCAGUCUUCAGCUUAUCGUCCACGUAAUUCAAGAUCAGAUUCACGUUAUCGAUUUACAGAUUUAGAUUCAGCUAUAGCUGAGUCAAGAGCGGACACAAAUGAAGCCACGAAUCAAUUAAAUACAGAAAGUGAACCACAUUCGGAAGCAAGACAGUCUGCUUCAUUGUUUGAUUUAGAUGCUCAAAUUCAAAAGCUAGAACACCAACCACACUAUCUUAUCAAUAUUCUUCUGGCGUAUAUAACAUUCAAAACGAAUCAAAUAAAUUAUUAACGAAGAAAUUUUUGGUGAUACCAAAUCGUAUAGUUCUUUAUUAGAGACUGAUAUUGACACUGGUGAAAAUUUCAAACGACCGGUUAUUUUAGAAACUGACUUAGAUAAAUUAAAUACUCAAGUCAGUGACGGAUCAUUUGAUGCCGCAAUAAUUGAUACAUAUCAAGAUAGAACUCGUAGUUUAUACAACCUCGCAUACACACGUACUCCUGGGGCAUUCCGUCGUCAAAAAUCUAAUGAAUUCGGUGGAAAUACAGUAGAAACUAGUGAAGUUGAACUAAUUCAAUCACCAAAUGACCAAUGGCAGAAAGCGAAAAGUUAUCAAGGUCUUGUUAAUGAUGAAGAAUCUGAUCUACAAAAAGUACCACCUCAAUAUGAAGUAGCAAGAUACAAAAAGAAAACAACAAGCGGUGGUGCACAAGGUUUGAUUGAUCGAUUAAAAGAGAAAGCGCGUUCAACACAUGAGUUAAGAAUAGCUCAAUCAUUAACAAAACUACAUAUUCCUGAAUGGUUAGAUAAGGCAAAUUGUUUACAAACCACAUCUGAUCUAAUAACCACUAACACAGUUAAAGAAUAUAAUACAAACGAGAGAACACAAUUCGGACAUGCGACUCAAAAGCAUUUUCCCAGCCCAUCGUAUACACCACGUACAAAUAAAGCACUAAUUUCAUCACUUCGAUCUUUAUCUAGUAUUUAUAAACCUAGUGAUAAUUCACUUACGAAUAUAUCGAAUUUAUCACAAAAACAAUUGAAACAGUAGCUGAACCAAUAUGGCCAAAAUCAGAAAGUUUAAAUCCACCAAAUUUUGUCAGACCUAGUCAAUUAAUUAAACAAAAAUCUGGACAAACCAAUAAUUAUCUACGUCCUAUUCAAUCAAAAUUAAAUAAUUCAAUGCGUUCAUUAAGUGCACAACGAUAUAAAUCGAUUGAAUCACAAGAUAUACGACCACAAGUUGCUCCAAGACAUAAUUAUACUAAAGGACAAGGUAAAUUAAUUGAAUUAAAUCCACAAGAUUUUAUACCAAAAUAUGAAAAACGAUGGUGUAAAGAGAAACUGAAUAGAUUUAAUCGUGCAACUACAGAACCACCAGAUAAAUAUGAUACUAAUAAAUCAGUAUUAUAUUUAGAUAAUAAUUCGAAAUUAGAUAUAAAUCAAUGUAAUUCAAUAAAGAAAAUUAAUUUGAUUUCAUCACCAAAUAUUAUAACACACAAAUUUAAUACUAAUUCAAAACCUACAAUAUCAUUAUCUAAUAUAAAAGAUGUUGAUCAUGAUUCAGGAACAGAAAAUUCAAAUGAGCAUCAAAUGAUUUCUUCUGAAGAAGAUCCAAAACAAUAUGAUGUAAAAUAUGAAAAUUUUACUACUACUACUACUACUACUACUAAUGUUUUCGUAAAACCAAAAGAAUAUUUAAAUCAAAAUAGUUUUGAAUCAAAGCAAUUCAUUCAAAAGAAUGCUAGUAGUAUUGAAAUUUGUCUUAGUUUAGAUGAUUCAGAAAGUAAAGAGUCUUCUCAAAUGAUAAAUCCACCGGAUAAAGUUUCAUGUAAUGAACUAUACUCAGCAGAUGCAGAUGGUGAAAAUGAAUCUGAAGUUACAGAUGGAUUUGAUCAAUUAUCUGAUUUAACUUGUUUAACUUCAUUACUUGAUACAUGUUCAUCAAGGCAUCGUAGUCUUCUUGCUAAUAGACCAUCAGCUCUUGAACAUUUAUUAAUAAGUGUUGGUUGGUGGCCUGUAUAUCCGGAGGCUGAACAUCGUUAUCUUCCUCCUACUGCUGCUGAAGCUAUUUCUAUAGCAGCUCAUGAAUUUGACAUAAAAGAAGAUUCUCAUCGUUAUGAAUACUUACAACUUAUUGCUGGACCAGACAGUUAUAAACCAUUAAAUUUAGGAGAAUUCGGAUUAAAUCAAUUGUCUGGAGCGAUCAUACGUCACCCAAUUGAUGGUUUGCUAUAUAUAAGUUGUGGUAAAUCUACAUGCUCAACAAAACCCCUACCAGUAUCUCAAGCCAAUAAAUGGUGUGCAUGUGCCAAUUGUUUUACUUUAUAUUGUUCAAAUAAAUGUCGAGAAGAGUGUGAAAGUAAUCCAAGUGACCACCCUUCAACCUGUUCAUUUUCUAGAGCUAAACGUGUUUGUUGUCGUUUGUUGCGAAAUCUUGCUCCAGGUCAGAUUACAGGCCUUACAGCUCUUGCUAAAACUGGUAUGGCUCGUCUUGGAAGAGGUGGUAUACUCUUAUCAUUUUCACUAAUUAAACAUGCCGAAACAUUUUUACAACGAUCAUUAGAGCAUUCAUUUGUAAAUGAAGAAUUAGAUGAUAGUUCUAUAGAAAAGGCGCUUCAUCAAUGGGAAAGAUUUCACCAACCGAGUCCAGGAGGUUUAAUGGCUCCUCCUACAUAUCUUACACUUAAUGAGCUGGAAGAAUUAGAUUCAAGUAUUGCUAAUCCAUGUAAAUCAUACAAUCCUUCUUCAAGUAUGGUUUUAAUUGUAGUUGUAUGCGCAUAUGAGCUGACUGCUCGAAAGGAUGGUCGUCCAGUGCAUUUAUUUAAGCAAAGUUUAAUACUACCAUUUCCUUCUCAUUCAAAUUUAAGAAAUAAAAGUGAAGUUAUUACCUUGCAAAAUACACAACAUAUUGAAAAUCCUGAAAUAUCACAUGUAAACGUUACCACAAUAAAAAUGGAUAAACAAGCAAUAGCUGCUAGAGAAGCUUAUAUGCUUCGUUUACAACGUAUGCUUCGUGAACGUGGUGUUAGUUUAAGACAUCAUUAUCCAGAAAUUUAUACAAGAAUUGCAAAUUUUGUUGAAACUGGUAUACCAUUUAGUUCAAUACGAAUUACAUUUGAUGAUUUUUAUUACAAAAACAAGUGAAUUGUAUAAUUCAACCAAUGAAAGAUUUGUAUAUAGAACCAGUUAAUAAUAAUAAUAAUAAUCAAUAUUUAAAAGAAACAGAAAUCAAUAAGUCUUCAACGAAUAUACAAUCAAAAUAUGUAAAAAGUCCUAAAUCGAAUGAAAUUGUUUUAAUGAAUAGAAAAAAUUAACUGAAACUAAUUUCUAAUAAUUUUUUUCAGUUUUUCUUUCUACAAUCGAAAAAAAUGAUGUUAAUUAAUUUAUUUCUAUAUUCAAUAAGUCUAUUAUGGGCUUAUACAAUGAUAAUUGAUUCUUACUUAAGUAGACAUGUAUUAUGUAACAAAAGCCUUAUGUUCAAAUCACUUCAAAUGAUUUCCUGAUCACUUCCAUAUACAUAACUUAUUCAAACAACAAUAUUGUACGUUGAAUAAAUUCAAACAAUCUGCUUUAAUGAAAUAUCGAUUUUUUUCUUAAAAAUUCCAACUGAAUUAUUAUUUUAUAGACAAACGCUUUUUUUGUUUAAUUUAUUUCUUUAUUGUUUGUUUUUAUCCCGUUUUGUUUAAUUGUGUUAUAAAUUACUUCCAUGUUUAUUUAUUUGUUUGUUUGUUUUUCUAUCACUUUCGUUAAUUUAUCACUUAUAAAAUUGUUUAUAAUUCCUAUUCUCAUCAUCUCACUAUAAAAUGCUGAUUGUUUUUUAUAUGUAACAGUAAACUUAGUGCUUCCAUUUCAAUAACUAAUUAAUUAAAAUAAAUAAAGAGUUUUCAUUACAUUUAAUUUAUUCAUUAAAUAAAAUAUUAUUAUUAUUAUUACUAUUUAUGUUUUCUUGUCCAUAUUUCUUUUAUAUGCUUUAUUAUGAACGAUUAAAAUGUAACAACGAAAAGUUCAAUACAAAAUGAUUACCAAAUGUAAAUAAAGUAUAAUUAGUAUCUUCAAAAAAUGUAUCUUGAUAAGUUUAAGUUCUAUUUUAAUGUAAAUUUCUUAUUCUCUCUUCUUUUCAAAUAUCAAUGAAUUUUACACAUUGUGAUUUGUUAUCUCUUCACUGAGCCUUGCACUAUACUUCAAAUACUCAUUGGGAACUUUUAACGUAAAUAUUUGCUCAGAACAUUGUGAUUUAAUAUGAUUUUCUCUUCUCCUUUUUUUUUAAAUUCACCUACAAUAUCGAUCAUGAAGUUCAUUUAAAGAAGAAGAAGAAGAAGGAAAAACGUUUUUUUCUAAAAAAAUGUUCUUUGACUAUUUUCUUUUUCUCAUGUUAACUUUACACUUCUUUCUUUUUUUUUUCUUCUUUUUUUCUUCUACUUAAUUCAAUAUUCGCAUUUCAUUGUUUAAAUUUGAUUUUUUUCUCAAAAAAAAAAUUAUUUUCUAAAAUAAUUUCUUUUAUGAUUUUUAAUUUAUCUAUUGUAUUCUAUUGUUAUCUUACUUGUAUAAUAAUAUUUAUUCAAAAGUAUAAGUAUAUAGGAAAUUUAUAACAAUUCUCAUUAUUAUUUACACACUUCUACUUGUAUAUUCACAAAUACAUACGUAUAUAUUUAUGUGUAUGUAGAAGUUGUUUAUCUAAUUAACUACGAAUCUUGUGCACAAUGUCCAAAAACAAAAACAAGAAGAGAUGUAUAGAUUAACUUUGGCAACUGUUUUAAUAAUGCUAAUCGAAUCUUUGUCGAAAAUAAAAAUGAAAAAUUGCAAAUUUAAGAAGACUGUUUAGAAAGAAAAAAAAUGCAGAGAAGAGUGUAAAAGUGUAGUAUAGAAAAUACAUUUUCUUUCACCUACUACUCGGUUUUUUUGCUUUUGUUAAUUAGAAUCGUAGAAAUUUAAUUUUUAUUUGUAUCGUCUUUUCUAUAGUAUCCAAUGAGAUGAAUAUCAUGUGGCUUUCAUUAAUCUUUUGAAUAACUCUUAUCGAGAAACGUAUAUGUUGCAUGAAAUUUUGAUAGUGCUUUUCACUAUUUGAAAAGAGUUAAAG